GAUAAAAAAUGAGGAAAAACAGGUUCCUCCCCCUCCCCCAUCCCAGAGAGCAGGAAAGAUUUCAGUACCUCCCCCUCAGUCACAUUUGGGAUCCAGCAGUUGCUGCUCAGAGUCUGGGAAUUGUGUUUGUUCCCAUCUCCUGCCUGACUGACGGAAACCUGGACUAAUGGUGAGAACUGGAGAACCCCUGGUGUUGCUGGAUUUAGACUCACCUAGGGUGCAGGAAAAAGCAAUUGGUUGGAAGAACUACAAUCCACAAAAAGCUACAAUGGACAAAAAUAUAAAAAGUACUUUACGAUUAAAAAGAACAAAGAGAAGUGUGAUCUCUAGUGCCCAGAGCACCAUCAAACCUUUUGUCUGUACAAAGUGUAAGAGACGAUUCUGUAGCAAUGGAGAACUUCUCUCCCACAAACGUAUUCACACUGGGAGGCCAUUUGUCUGUUCUGUUUGUGGGAAAUAUUUCUCAGACAGAAUCAUCCUCCAAGCGCACCAGUGGCUUCAUACUGGGGAGAAACCAUUCACCUGCACUCAGUGUAAUGAAAACUUUCUGUACAAAAGAAACCUUCAUCAACAUCAGCAAAUCCACCAAAAACACAAACCAUAUGUCUGUUCUACAUGUGGGAAACAACUGAAGAGCAAACCAUCUCUUGAUCGGCACAUGAAAACUCACAGCAACGUAAACCCGUUUGCCUGUUCUGAGUGCAGCAAAUCCUUCCGAUUCCAGACCCAUUUUCAGAUGCACCAAAGAAUCCACACUGGAGCGAAACCAUAUACUUGUAAUGAAUGUGGAAAAAGCUUUGCCCAGUGUGGAGUAUUUAAGAUCCACUGCCAAAUUCACACUGGUGAAAAACCAUUUGCUUGUUCUGUGGAAAAAUGUGGAAAAAGAUUUAGGUCAAAAGUGGGUCUCCAGGAGCACCUGUUGUGUCACACUGGGGAAAAGCCAUUUUCCUGCUCGGAGUGUAAGAAAUCCUUUAGAUCAAAGUCAAAUCUUUCGAGUCACCAACGUGUUCACGCCGGAGAGAAACCACAUGAGUGCGAAGAAUGUGGGAAAUGUUUCCGGAUAAAGGUUAAUCUUAAAUCGCACAGACUAACCCACAUCGGGAUGAAAUCAUUUGAAUGCUCCGAGUGUGGGAGAAGAUUUAGUCGCAAACACGCACUAAUUGAGCACCAGUUAAUUCACACUGGGGAGAAGCCAUUUGAAUGUGCCACGUGUGGGAGAAGGUUUAGACUUAAAUGUAACUUGGAUAAGCACCAGUUAGUCCACACUGGGGAGACGCCCUAUGUCUGUACUGAGUGUGGAAUGGGCUACAAGGAGAAAAGGAGUCUGGUCGCUCAUCUUCGGACUCACACAGGAGAGGCAGGUAUUCCUUGUACUGAGUGUAGGAAAACCUUCCUAUCGGAGAAAAGCCUUAAAAACCACAUGCAGACACACACUGGGUUAAAGCCUUUUGCCUGUAAAGAGUGUGGGAAAUCCUUCUCAAAUAAGGCAUAUUUUGAGUCUCACAAGCUAAUGCAUGCUGGGAUAAAGCCCUUUGAAUGUACCGAGUGUGGAAAGCAGUUCCUGCUGAAGCAACUUUUAAAAAGUCACCAGUUGAUUCACACUGAAGAGACACCUUUUGUCUGUCCGGAGUGUGGGCAGGGGUACAAGAGCAAGCAAGGCCUCCAAAAUCACCUUCUCUGUCACACAGGGGAGACAAAUUUUACAUGUAAAGAGUGUGGUAAAAAAUUCCUUUUGCAGAAACACCUCAAUAGACACAAACUGACACAUAGUUCAGAGAAACCAUUUAUAUGCUCCGAAUGUGGGAAACGGUUCAGCCGCAAAGAUGGACUCCGAAUGCACCAGCUAAUCCACACAGGGGAGAAGCCUUAUGUCUGUACGGAGUGUGGGACAAGCUUUAGGGUUAGACCUCAACUCCGAAUUCAUCUUCGCACUCACACUGGAGAGACGCCAUUUAAAUGCAAAGACUGCGGGAGAGUUUUUGCAACAGGCACAAAACUCCAGGUCCAUAAAGUGACACACACCGGGGAAAAACCAUUUACCUGUGAGAAGUGCGGCAAGAGCUUCACACAGAAGGCGAAUCUAAACACUCACCAGCUGACUCACACUGGGGGAAAGAACUUUAAGUGCGAGGAGUGUGGGAAAUGCUUCUCCCGUAAAGAUUACCUCCGAGUUCAUCAGCGGUUUCACACUGGGGAGAAACCAUAUAAAUGCAAUGAGUGUGAGGAAAGCUUCUGUCGGAAGGAUCUUCUUCAGACUCAUGAGUUGUCUCAUACUUGAAAGAAACCAUUCAGCUGUAACAGUGUGUGGGGGGGAAAAAAGGUUUUGUUUAAGAGUGGCCUUAAUAAACAUCAGGACAUUCAUAUCAAGGACAGUAUUGUGAAUGAAUGUACUGAUCCAGAGUCUAAGAAAUCCCAACUUCAAACUGAACACUACCAAUGGGUCUGUCACUGGUCUCACCACUGAGACUUGCUACUGUGAGGGCUCUGCUAUGAACUAAAGAACUACAUAUACUCAAUAGAUGGCUAUAACUUACUCAUGGGACCAAGUGCAACUUACCUUUUCAGGGGGGAAUUUGGUGCUUAAAGAAUUUGCUUGUCUUCCAAUUA